AGCGCCGGUCCCUGCGGGGGAGGGAGGGGGCGGCACCUGGCCGCCCAGGCCGCUCCUCCAGCCCGCUUUAUAAGCGGGGAGGCUGCGGUGCCGCGGCUCAGGCGCGCUCGCGCUCCGGUCACCGCCUCCUCCGCUGGCCAUGGGGUGCCUGGCUGCGCUGCUGCUCCUGGCGGUUACUGCUGCCAGCAACACCUCUUCUGAAAAGGACAGUGUCAGUCUAAUAAAGACCAUCCACAAGACAAGCAGCAAGGGGCUGGAUCUUUAUCAGUCAGACAAUCUUCGUCCUCUACAGCGUACAAAAAGGAGUUGGAUUUUAAACACCUUUGAACUUGAAGAGGAGGACAAAGGACCAUUCCCCAAACUUGUUGGAGAGCUGUUCAACAACGUGUCAUAUAGUAUGUCCGUAAAAUAUUUAAUCAGUGGACCUGGUGUAAAUGAAUCUCCAGAGUUUGGGUUGUUUUCUAUAGAAGACAAUGCCAAUGGACAUGUGUACGUACAUCGUACCAUUGACCGAGAGAACACCCCCUAUUUUAAGAUACGUUUCGAUGUUGCAGAUACAGUGACUGGGAAGAAAGUGGACAAAUCUUUAUUUUUCAUUAUUAAGAUUAAAGACAUUAAUGAUAAUGCACCCAAGUUUCCCAAGGAGGAAUUUAACAUUGCUAUAAAAGAAAACCAUGAUACAGAUAAGCCAGUUUUCAACUUGACAGCUUUUGACAAAGAUGAAAAAGACACAGCUAAUUCUCGGGUGACCUAUUCCCUUACUACACAGACACCCAAUCUGAAAGAGCCCAGAUUUAACAUCCAUCCUACCGAGGGUUUUAUAGUGAUUUCAGGAUGCUUGGAUCAUCAGAUUGCCAGCUCUUUCAAACUUCUGAUCAAAGCCAGAGACGAUGGUACCCCACAAAUGUCAUCUACUGCAACAGUUAACAUUGCCGUUGAAGAUACAAACAACCACCCGCCUGAAUUUACCAAGGAAAAUUAUCAGUUGCAAAUUGAAGAAGGCAAAGUAGGACCAGGCGUGUUAAGGCUCCAGGUGGAAGAUCAAGAUUCUCCAAAUACACCUGCUUGGAGAGCAAAGUACAAAAUAGUGAAAGGCAAUGAAAAGGAACAGUUCAUCGUUGAGACCAAUCCUGAAACAAAUGAGGGCAUUUUAAGGGUUAUUAAGCCUCUGGACUAUGAAGGUGACUCAGAGAAGAGACUUGUCAUUUCUGUUGAAAAUGAAGAACCUUUAUCUUCAUGUCAUAAAGGGAAACUGAGGAGCCCUCCUGUAGCCCCCAUGAGUGCAUCCGUGGCUGUGAAAGUCCUAGACACAAAUGAUGCUCCUGAAUUUCACCCUCCUACACUUGUUCUUCAAAAAGAAGAAGGCGUGAAGCCUGGGACGAGGCUUGGAAAAUAUUCUGCUGUAGAUCCAGAUGUGGUGCCAAAUAAUAUAAAAUACACAGUAUUUCAUGAUCCAGCGGGGUGGGUGACUGUUGAUGAGAACUCUGGCGUUAUUACUGCCAUGAAAGAACUUGAUUGGGAAUCCCCCUAUGUGAAUGACAGUGUUUACCCCAUCAUUGUUCAUGCCAUCGAUGAUGGGGUCCCACCGCAGACGGGCACUGGCACCAUUCUGCUUUACCUGUCUGACAUCAAUGACCACAUGCCAACAUUAGUCACACGUUUCUUAGAAGUUUGUGACAAAGCAAGACUGACUCCUCUCAUCAUAAAGGCAGAGGAUAAUGACUCAGAUCCGUAUGCCAGUCCAUUUACAUUUAAACUCGCUGAUGACUCAGAAAGUAUAAAGCAAAACUGGAGAUUGGGAAAGAGUUUUGGUGACUCAGUUGAACUUUUAAUGUUGAGAAACCUCCCACGUGGCAAGUAUUUGGUGCCUCUCCUAAUUCUGGACAGGCAGGGAUUAUUCUCUAUGAAGCAGAAUCUGUCUGUGAGACUCUGCCAUUGCCCAGACGGACACGUAUGCGAAGAACUGAACUCCAUGCCAUUGAGUCUUGGAGGUGGCGCCAUUGCUGUGAUUUUGGCAGUCCUCCUGUUAUCUCUAGUGGCAGGCUGUCUUCUGCUGUGGUGUUACUAUGGAUCUGAAAACAGGAAAAGACAAGUCAAUUUCCCUUUUGAAGAAGGCAACCAGACUUUAAUCAAAUACAAUGAAGAGAGUGGAAACAUUUUGUCUCAGGUUAUGCCUGAUGUUUUGGAUUAUGAAAGCCAAUUCUCUACAUAUGCACAAAUUAGAAAAGGAAAACAAAUGUCUGAGUAUGUAAAUGGAAUGGCACCAUCUCCCUCCCUUACAUCCAGUCGAGGACACUAUGACCAAGGUCGAUGUGGUGCCAGUACAAUGGUCCAGUCCAGACUUCUAGGUGACAACCACAGUUCCCACGGGGUCCAGUAUUCUAGACGCAUGGAGACACUCCACAGAAGACCCCUCCCUGCGACUGUAGAAACAGUGGGUGAAAUGUUGAAUCAGAGGCUCUAUCACCUCAGCAACCUGGAGGAGAACAUGAUCACUUACCAACCUCACACAUAUGCCGAGGAGGGAAAACUAGAGAGAGGCGGCUCCUUCAGGUCCGUGUUCAUUUUCGACGAUGAACUGCCCAAGGAUUUCUUGGACACCCUGGGACCAAAGUUCGCCGCUCUGGAUGAAAUCUGCAGAAAUGAUUUCAGUCACAGCCACUCUCAUAGGAACAAUGGAAUGGUGGGGACCUUCCCAAACGGGUUUGGAAGAGACUCAACCCAAGCACAAACAUCUGCUGACCUUUGGUGGCUCUCUCCUACAGGGAAGGUCCCCAGAGUUGUACGUGUGGCUGAGUGAUACACUAUAAACAGAGCUGGGCAGUGGUUUGGAUUUGUAUUAUAAACUUUAUGCUGGGUCUCUCUCCUUUGGGUUCUCUGCCUGGCUUGACAGGCUCUUAGAUGUCAGCAGAGAGCUCCUGUUACUCCAGCUGUUUCUGAGCUGAAGAGACUGAAGUGCAGGUCCAGUCUGGUCAGGUCCUAGGCAUCAAGCAUCCCUAGCCGCCUGCAGUCAGUGGGACUCCCCUUUCUGAUCAAGGGCUCAGUGCUUUCCUUUAAUGUUUCCUUUUGGCUGUGUUUCUUUUCAGACUCUCUCUCAAACUAAUCUGACAAAGACUGUCAUUUCUAUCAGCCAGCGGUAGUGGCUCCUUUUCCCCCCGGCCCCUAUGAGAUUCAGAAAGACUUGUCACUAUUGCCAGCCUGUCAUUGUUGCCAGCACUGAAUAUUGUAGCUUCAUCUUCUGGGUGAAGGGGCUAGGUAGGGCUAGUGCAGCCCACAAAUUGGAAUGUCGGAGGAAACCAGGUCACCAAUUGUUUGGGCCCUAUCUCAUUCUUGAGGUCUGCAGAUAUCUGCGCUCACCCCUCAGAGAGCUAGAGAUUGGAGUACUCUAGAACUAGGAUGAUGUUUUAAAAUCCAGGGUGUUUGAAGCCCGUGUAGGGUUUAGAAAUGGAUGAAAAGCCACCAUCUUGAUGAUAUUUACAGUAGCUCUGCUCGGAGUUCAGUUCACAAAGCAAGCACAAGUUCUGGUAAAUGCUAGGUUUUUGAUUAUUAGGACAGCGAAUGACGUUUCCAGCUAGUCCUGAAUUUGUGCGGCAGCUCUUCUGUAUGUAGCUGGCUCGUCUUCCACCCACAGAUGCUGGCUCACACCCAUUUUGUGUGGGCAAAGCCUGUCUUUGUACAUUCAAAAUGGGCAUCUGUUCACUUCUGUGGGUGCAGGCCUGUUGCAAAAGCAGGUGUGCAGAAUCUGGAGGUGGGCCCCAAAAGUUUCCCCUGUAUGGUUAGAGGAGCAAAGUCCUAGCAGUGGCUCAGUACCUGGGGUGGUUUGCUUUGGCAGAGCAAAGGAAAUAGAUGGAAGUGCCCACAAGGUUCCCACCCAGAGCAUGCUGAGUAACUUUCUAGCUGCAUUGUUCCAGGGACAUGCUGAGCUCUUUGCUGGGGCAGAUGCAUGCUGGUGAAAUGGAAUCUUGAUACAUGCAUAAAUUAUCUGAGGGUGUGGAAGA